CACAAUCUGUGGGUCUGCGCACCGUCUGCUAGGAACGGACUCCCAUGAAGACACGCGAGUGUUAGCUGUUGUUAUGAGCAGGACUUAGCUAGUUCGCUACUAAAAAGUAGUUAUGAAAUAGCUACCUCUAUCUUUGCUUUGGGUUGUUAGUGUAGUAUGAACACGGAAACCCUGGCGAUCCCAGAAAGCAUGUAGUUCAGCGGAAUGGAAUGCCCUGGUUUUUGUAGAUAUUCAUUCCUAGAUUUCGUAUUCACGGUUGUCGGCGUUUGCACCUACUUGUUCGACGUGGGAUCCGAUCUGUGGGUCGCUGCAGAGUUCUACCUACAUGACGAUUUCACAUGGUUCGGGUUGGUGGUUGGGUUCAUGGUUUUGUCGUCAACCGCGGUCCAGUUGUUUAGCUGGUUCUGGUUUAAAUAUGAUCAAGAACUUGAAGAUUUCAAAUCGCAGACAUCUGCUGAGAAAAUACUUUUUGGCGGCGAAGGGCGCCUGAAACUCUGCCUGUUGCACGCGUUUCAGCUCGGAUUUCUUCUGCGGCACGUGUCGGCCAUCGAGCAGGGCUUCUGCGUGUGGCGAGGCGGGAGGAGGGCCACAGCCUACGCCGCCUACGUGACCCAUGACCUCAGCAUGCUCCGCCUCCUGGAAGCCUUCUGCGAGAGCGCCCCCCAGCUCGCCCUCCUGCUCUACAUCGUCCUGCACACCGGCCACGCCCGCCCCGUCCAAUGUGUGAGCGUGUUCGCCUCCUCGGUGUCCAUCGCCUGGACGGUGGCCAUGUAUCACCGGUCCCUACGUUCCUUCCUGCCGGAGAAAGCCCGGCAGCGCUGGGUGUCCACCGUGUUCUACUUCCUGUGGAACCUGCUGCUCAUCGCUCCGCGCCUGGUCGCCGUGGCGCUCUUCGCCACCGCGCUGCCCCACCUGGCCACCGCCCACUUCCUGUGCCUGUGGCUGCCGCUGCUCCUGUGGGCGUGGCUGCAGAGGACGUGCUUCAUGGACAGCGCGGGGGGGGAGUGGCUUUACCGGGGGGCUGUGGCCGUUAUCUGGUACUUCAGCUGGUUCAACGUGACGGAGGGGCGGAGCCGGUGGCGGGGUGUGAUCUACCACGCCCUCAUGGUGACAGACGGCGGGAUCCUCCUGGGGGCGUGGUGGUGGCUGCAGGGGGCGGAGCUUAAGCAGGCCUAUGCUCUGGGCGUGAUCAUCUCCCUGCCGAGUGCUUACCUCCUGGGCCUGCUUCUUAAAGGCCUGUACUACUGCUACCUCCAUCCCAAACUCCGCCCCCUCACUGUGGGGGAGGGGGAUCCCAAACCCUGCCUUCUUUCUGUGGUGGAGGCCGAUGUGCCCGACGUUGAUGCCCCCUUCAGACCCCUCCCACCCCAGCCCGGCCCCCCCUCCCAACUGUGCAAUAAGAGGAUGGCCCGCCUCGCCAGCAUCUUUUACACCCCUGUGCCUGUGCUGCCGUAUGCCUGUCUGUCAAUCAGGAAGCCAUCCAAUGGCAUCAUCUAAACCACACCCCCACCUGCCUGGGACCCCAACGACAUCUAAACCACACCCGCUCUUGCCUGGGACCCCAACGACAUCAUCUCAACCACACCCCCACCUGCCCAGGACCCCAAUCACAGUCUAAACCCAUAUCUCUACCUGUCCAGUUACUUUUACAGGUCUCAGAUGUCUUGAACACAGACUCUAGUUUGUGAUGAAAUGACUGUUGUGAAUCGUGAGAAUUGCUUCAUCUGUUGUGCAGCAUUCCCUGUUUGGAGGUACAGUCUUUUAUAUUUGGCAGUAGUGUUCUAUUUUUGGGUGUGGAAAUUAGUUUCCACUUCUAAAGCAAAACCUGACCGUUUGGUAGAGAGCAAAUCUCUAUUGGCCAUUAUUUCUUCUGUCUUCUUUCAGUGAAAGAAUUUUAUGAGGGUGAGUGUGUGCGUGUGUGUGUGUGAUGGCACAAUCCCACAGGGGUGAGGACAGGCAUGAAAUAAACUUCAGUGUUGAAAAAAUU